AUGGUCGGAUAUACAAAAAAAUACGAAAAUUUCACCACGUUAGAUUACGCCUUAGCCGGAGGAGGAUCAGGCUUCGUGACUAGAGCCCUUUGCCAACCGCUAGACGUGUUAAAAAUCAGACUACAAUUACAAGUAGAACCCGUAAGUCACCGAUACCCAGCUAAAUACCAAUCCUUAUACCAAACGCUGAGAGUUAUUUUACACGAGGAAGGCAUAAAAGCCCUUUGGAAAGGCCACGUACCCGCCCAAUGGCUCUCUAUCGUCUACGGCAUGGCUCAAUUCAGUACUUACGAAUACCUCGAUCGAAGACUAGUACUCCUAAACGCAAGCACUAAAUAUACCUAUAUGUUCAACUUCUUAUCUGGUACUAUUGCUGGUUGUACAGCCACAGUGGUGUCGUUUCCAUUCGACGUAGCCAGAACUCGACUAGUCGGACAAAGCGAACGAAAGAUGAUAUACAAAGGCACCGUGCAUUCCUGGAGGAGAAUGGUGAAGUCCGAGAGCUAUUCGACGUUAUUCAGGGGCCUUCUGCCUACAUUUAUACAAGUCGGUCCGCACGCCGGCAUCCAAUUCGUUUCAUAUAAACUGUUCAACGAUAUACAACGCUUAAUGUUCAAAUAUAAAGAUACCAGUAUGUCGGCUAGUAUGGUGUCGGGCAGUCUGGCCGGUUUGGUGGCCAAAACGGCCAUUUAUCCGUUCGAUUUGCUGAAGAAACGCAUGCAAGUGCAGGGUUUCGACGAGGGCAGGCGGUUAUUCGGUAAACUGUUCCAUUGUAACGGCUUGCUGGACGCCUUUCGGAAGGUGUACAUCGGCGAAGGCGUUGCGGGAUUCUUUAAGGGCUACUUACCCAGCAUGGUGAAGGCCGUCGUGACAGGAGGAUUGUAUUUUAGUACAUACGAAAUGUGUUGCAAAUUUAUUUGCUACUACAAAUGA